AGAUUCAUCCCCCAAUUGCGCCUAUAAAAACACACACACACAUAUGAUACAAUUACAAUCAUAUAUCAAUUCAUCAUAACAAUGAUGUCUUUCAUCACUCUCAGAAAAGCCCUAAUUUUUAUCACCAUCUUCCUCUUCACCAACCUGGUGCCCCCAACCCUUGCCAGAACAUCCCACGCCAUACACUUCCGAUCACCCAACCUCUACCCGGAGGGCUUAGCGUGGGACCCAGCAGCCCAGCACUUCGUCGCCGGCUCCCUCAGCCACCGAAUUAUCGUCUCCGUCUCCGACGCCGCCGUCGUCGACACCUUAAUCCACGACCCCACCCUCCCACCUCACUCCACUAUCCUGGGCCUCACCGUCGACUCCAUCAACCGCCGCCUCCUCGCCGUCAUCCACGCGACGCGACCCCACCCCGUAUUCAACGCCCUCGCCGCCUACGACCUCCGCACCCGCACCCGCAUCUUCCUCGCCCCACUCGACGACCCCACCAACGCCACCACCACCACGGACAGACCCAUCGCAAACGACGUCGCCGUCGACUUCUCCGGCAACGCCUUCGUGACCAACGCAGCCGACAACUACAUCUGGAAGGUCAGCCCCGACGGAGAUACCACCAUCUUCUCCAGAUCUCCGGUCUUCACGUCCCAUCCCGUGGACCGCGACGCACCCUAUAGUUUCUGCGGACUCAACGGCAUCGCUUACGUCAGCAAGGGCUACCUCCUCGUGGUCCAAUCAAACACGGGCAAGUUGUUCAAAGUCAACGCCGAUGACGGAAAGGCGCGGACGGUUCUGUUAAACAAGGACUUAACGCUGGCGGACGGAAUCGCCGUUAGAAGUGACGGCGUGGUAGUGGUGGUGUCCCAGUACAAGCUCUACUUUUUGAAGAGUGACAGCAGUUGGUCCGAGGGCGUGGUUUAUGACGAGACUGCCCUUGACGUGGAGGGUUUUGCGACUUCGGUGGCGGUGGGAGGGAACGACAGGGUAUAUGUGUUAUAUGGGUACGUGAACGAGGGCGAAUUGGGGAAUAAGGAAAGAUUGAAGUUUAGUAUAGUGGAGGUAGAGUCUGAGGAGGAGAGUGGGGAAGAGCAUGUUUGGGUGUAUGUAUUGAUUGGGUUGGGAAUGGUUUAUUUCUUGUUUUGGAGAUUUCAGAUGCGCCAGCUUGUGACUAACAUGAACAAGAAAACUGCUUGAUUUUUGCUUUUUUGUUUUUUUUUUUUUUUUGUUUUCCUUCGUUUCGUGUAACAUAUUUUUGUUCUAUAAAGAAAAAAGAAUAAAGAAAAACACAAUAUAUGUCUUUUGUUUUAAUUAA